UGCGUACCCAACUUCAAACCGAAAGUGAUUCUCACCAGUUACUGCUGAUGCGCUUUUGCUACACAUUUUCGCUGUUAAACUUUAGCAUACGCAGGCUUUCACUAGCUUACGGGCCCAGGAACCACAAAGCCAUCAUUAAUCAUAAAAGUAAUUCAUGCUAAACAAUUAAAUCGGAAUUAACCAACCGGGGUUGUUCCGUCUUCCGCAAUUGUAUGUGAAGCCAGACGUGAAUCGAGGGGACUGCUACAGAAAUAAACAAAGGUGAACUACAGCUACAGCUACACUUCAGUCUGUCUCUGAAGCUCUUAUAAUGCAAACUCACCUGACUACAUAUAACUAGAGGGUAACAACAUCUAGCUGUUUUUGACGAGCGGGGGGGAAACGUCGCAAACCUGAGAUGGAAGACGACGCGGUAGACAUGGCGUCAGACAACAGUCUGCCAUUAGGAAUCGGGGCUUCCGCUUUCGGGAGUGAAAACGGGGAUGAGGAGGACGACGUGAUUCCUCAGAGGACACUUCCAUUCAGCCUCGGAUUCUCCUGUCCUGUGGGGCAAUACGUGGAAAGAGCAGAGUCCCCUGCAAACAGUUAUUCUUCCAUGCAGAGUGACAGUUGGUCAGAAACAAGAGAAGAGCACGAACCCAGCUGCACUCAGGUUCUGUUGAGCAGACGGGACUCAUCUGCGUCUAGCAGUGAGGAGUUUAAUAGUGAUGAUGAGGACAUCCAUAUGGAGACCAGUGCUGAAGAGAGCACACGGAAGAAGAGCAAGAAGGAAGGUGGUGUGAAACAACACGCUCCUGCUCCUGUAAAACCAGAGUUGGUAGUAGAUCCAAACGAGAAAAGGCAUCCAGCAAUGACGGUGGAAUUUGCUUUUAAGGCCCUCACAAGCUGCCUAAAGAAACUUGCAGAGGACGAAUUAAAGUACUUCAAAAAACUGCUGUGGGAACGAUAUCCAGAGCGCUUCCGUGAUCCGCUGGAUGGACUUGAUAUUGUGGAUCUGGUGGAUAAGAUGCUAGAGCUUUGCGAUAUUGAGAUCUCUCUGAAGAUCACGCUGGCGCUCUUUAAUAACAUGAGCUUUAAGAAGCUGGCUGAAUAUCUGCAAGGACUAUGCAAAAGAAACGAAGUGCGCUACGAGUUGAAACUGACGCUGAAGAGGAAGUACGAGAUGGUAUAUGAGGGUUUUAAUCAGCAAGGACAACCAGUCCCCUUUGAGUCUGUAUAUACAGACCUAUACAUUUCAGAUGGCGUGAGUGCAUCAAUCAACAGUGAGCACGAGUUCAGACCAAAGAUAGAAGAGCUCGCAGAGAGUGGCAAAGUCAAGAGGGCGCCAUUAACCGGAAAUGACAUAUUUUCCCAGCAGAACGUGAGGGCGAGGCAAGUAAGGUCGGUGUUAGCCAGAGGAGUCCCAGGAUGUGGCAAAUCGUUUGCAGUGCAGCGCUUCAUCCUCGACUGGGUGGAUGGAAAAGUCCACACAGAUGUUUUCUUUCUUAUUCCUCUGCAGUUUAAGGAGCUGAAUAAGAUGCUGGAAGGAGAGUAUACUCUCAUGAGUCUGGUCAGCAUCCUCUAUCCAGAGAUGAAGGAAAUAGACACUCUCGAUUUCGAGGGCUGUCCGGUAAUGUUCAUAUGUGACGGUCUAGAUGACACGCAAAUCCCCUUUAAUUUCCGUAGAACUGUGUAUUGGUGUGAUGUGACCAGGCCUGCGACUGUGCAAGUGUUGAUGACCAACCUCAUCAGGGGGAACCUCCUUUAUAAUGCCUACGUGUGGCUUAUUUCUAGGGCAGGAUCUCUGGAUGUGAUCCCCCCAGAACACGUCCACCAGCUUUUGUUGAUUCGAGGCUUCAACAAUGAUCAGAAAGAAGCCUACUUCAGAAAGAACAUUUCAGACCAAGACCUUGCUGAGAAGGUGAUUGCUCACAUCAAGUCUUCCAAGACGCUGUUUAUUAUGUGCCACUCUCCGCUGUUCUGCUGGGUGGCAUCUAAAGUGCUGCAGGGGCAGUUCCAGUCUCUUCGAACCUCAGCACAGCUGCCCAUAACUCUUACCAAUCUGUACACCAUUAUACUCCAUGGUCACACUCUAAUGUCCAUUGAGAAACUGAAGAACGACCCCACCAAAGACACCAAAGAUCUUAGUGCUGAUAAGCUCCUCAUUAAGCUCGCAAAGCUGUCCUACAUGAUGCUUGAGAAGAAUGAGUUUCAGAUAGAGAAAGAGCACUGGGACGUUGUUGGGUUGGCAGAUUCGUACCCUGCCAUGGCCUGCACCGGUCUCUGCACAGAGUAUUACAGGGAGAAGUUCAUGAUUUACACAGAGAAGGUGAGCUGCUUCGCUCAACCGACCAUUCAGGAAUACCUCGCUGCUCUUCACGUUUUCUAUUAUUUCAAGAAACAUGGAAAGAACGUCCUUGAGCAAAGCAAGCUCAGCAAAGUCUUGAAGGUUUCUUUGUCAGACUUACUCAGGAGUGCGGUUGACAAAGCGUUAAGCUCCAAGAAUAGCAACUAUGAUCUCUUUCUCCGCUUUCUGCUGGGUUUGUCUGUGGAGGCCAACCAGGAACUGCUCAAGAACAUCCUGCAGAUCUCUGCCAGCUCGAGCCUGAAUGCACGAGAGGAGACAUCUCGCUACAUUAACAAGAAAAUCAAAGAAGGCCACUUUCCAGAAAAGACUGAAAACCUUUUGCGGUGCAUUGAUGAACUUAACCCACAAUAACACUUGGAUGGACUUCUGAGAGCGGUGCUGUUGCAAUGUCUCGUGCUACAAGAGUAAGGUGGUAGAAAUAUCAUUUGUUAAGAAUGCCUACCAUCCAGAUCUUGUAGUGUAAAAUGAAUGCGCUUUUCCAUCAGUAACAAACAAAUUUAAGCAAAACAAAAAGUAAACACUAUAAUGUUCAACAACUUUGUUUGAACAACUGAGUCCUUUAUUGGAUUGGGAUAUCGGCUUUUGUAUUUAGUACAUAUAUCUAAAAAAAAUGUAGACUACAUAGGUUAUAUUUCCUUAAGUAAAUUCUAAAAGAAG